UUUCAUCCAACUUGCGUCACUCCGACACACAAAUGUUUGAAUUAAUAAUAUACAUCGCCCUCAAAUACAUGAAUCAAAUGCUGGCAAUCAUGAUCUGGAUGGCGCCUCUGAGCCCAUGCUUAAUUAGCCUCACCCACCUCCCCUUCCUCUCCAUUUAAUAUUUCACCAGAGCCCCGACUCCAUUUCUGACUUUCUCUUUCUUGUUCGUCUAAUGCCUACCACAGUCAGAUUUACUCUGCUCUUUGCCUAGCCACUAAUGGUUUCCGGGUUUUGACUUGUUUUAAAGACAAUACCCGGCUUCUUUCUCGGCACUGAAAGAGAUAUGGGUACUCCUGGGAGGAGGAUCAGAUGUUCCGAUCGUCGUCUUCUUGUCGUGGCUUUGUUUUUCGCGGUUCUUCUACGCAGCGCUUCCGCCACCCUAAACUACACCAGGUACAGGCCUGUCAGCAGCCUCAGGCUGGAGAGGAUUCAAAGGCACUUGCGCACCAUUAACAAGCCUCCUGUCCUGACCAUAGAGAGCCCAGACGGGGAUGUCAUCGACUGCGUUCACAAGAUAGAACAACCAGCUCUAGAUCAUCCGCUCCUGAAGGACCACAAGAUCCAGAGGGCGCCGACAGGGAUGCCGAGGGGAAAGAAGAAAGAGGAGGCGGAGGGAGAAAGAUCAGAAGGAGCAGAAGAGAUGAUAACGCAAAUGUGGCAUCGGAAUGGGACGCGGUGCCCCAAGGGGACGAUUCCCAUAAGGAGGAGCACGGUGCAGGACGUGUUGAGAGCUAAGUCCUUGUUCCAUUUUGGCAAGAAACAUCCCCGCCGCUUUCCCAAUCCUCUCUCCCGCCGCACCGACGCUCCCGAUGUCGUCUCCGGCAACGGCCACGAGCACGCGAUAGCGUACACGGGAACAACGGAGGAGGUGUACGGGGCGAGGGCGACAAUAAACGUGUGGGACCCAUCGAUCCAGGUGGUGAACGAGUUCAGCCUCUCCCAGAUCUGGAUCCUCUCCGGAUCCUUCGACGGCACCGACCUCAACAGCAUCGAAGCUGGAUGGCAGGUCAGUCCGGAGCUUUAUGGUGACAGCAGACCCCGAUUAUUCACUUAUUGGACGAGUGACUCAUAUCAAGCAACCGGAUGCUAUAACCUCUUGUGUGCCGGUUUUGUCCAGACCAAUAGCAGGGUAGCCAUCGGAGCUGCCAUUUCUCCCGUGUCUUCCUACGCUUCCAACCAGUACGACAUUACAAUCCUCAUUUGGAAGGACCCGAAAGUGGGGAAUUGGUGGAUGAGUUUCGGGGACAACACGUUGGUAGGGUAUUGGCCGGCAGAGCUAUUCACACACCUAGCAGACCACGCCACGAUGGUGGAAUGGGGCGGGGAGGUGGUGAACACACGAGCCAACGGGCAGCACACGUCCACGCAGAUGGGGUCCGGCCACUUUCCCGACGACGGCUUCGGAAAGGCCAGCUACUUUCGGAACCUUGAGAUAGUGGACACCGAUAACAGUCUCAGCGGCGUCCAAAACAUCCAAACUUUAGCCGAGAACACUAACUGCUACGAUAUCAAGAGCUCGUACAGCACCGACUGGGGUACUUACUUCUACUACGGCGGCCCCGGCCGCAAUCCCCUUUGCCCUUGAUCCUCCACAUGUAUCUCCCUCUCCCCUCAACUCUCUUCAUCAAUUGUACGUAUUAUUUCAUCAUACAUUUCUCAUUCUUGUUCGUUCCUGCCACUUCCGCCACGUCUUUUCUUGGCAAUUUGUUCUCGAUGGAAGGGAUUGGAAAACUGCAAUUUUUAACCUAGUCAAUAACAAAAACAUUGCAUUAUAUUGUA